AUGAUUCGCGUGCGUUUCCGGUUCGUCCGCGAUGCGAUCAGCUGUGCUUCCGCGGUGCGACGCGGUCACUCUGGUGUCGCACGACCACCAGUUGCCGUUGUACAUCGCGUAUCGGAAGCCGUUUCCUUUUUCUUACUGCCGGCUGGAUCGAACGAGGUGCCAAGACGAGACCUUGGAAGUGGUGGCGGUAACAACGGCCGACCGUCGCCGAAGCUUUCGUCCCCUAGCGUCGUUGUCAAGGUCGUGCAGAAGCCUCAGCAGCCCUCGUUGUCGAGCCAUGUCAAACUGAUUGGCGCAGUGCGUGCCAUGAACGAUUACUGUUUGAAGGCCGAAGACUUGAAUGUGCUACCUCGGCAGGUCCGUCGUAGUCCGUACAUCGGUGAACCGCCAUGCGUGAUGUACCUGGCAUCAGACGUUCGGUCGCUGGCGAUCAAAAUACACGGCAGUGCGGAGGCGCUUCAGAAACUGCAGAAUAGACGGCGUACGAUAGACAAGGCUCGUCAAUUGUCGGUCCUUUUGGGCAUUAACCCGGCGAUGGCGUCGUACGUCAAAGAGAGACAGUACGAACGCGAGGCCGAAGAAGUGGAAGCGCAGCAUGGCGCUGGUCAUGUGGUUCUGACGGCCGUCUGCGUGAACGCCGCCAACUGUGCACUGAAGUUCGUUCUGUGGAUAUACACCGGCUCCCACAGUCUGUUCGCCGAGUGUGUCCAUUCGUUUGCGGACACCUUAAAUCAGGUAUGCACUUUGUGUGCCUUUUUGCCUUUCGUAAUUAACGUUAAUUAAGU